CAAAGGCCAACAAAAAUACCAUAACAUGUUCAACUUUCACUAAACCAAAAAAGUCGUCAAAAGUCGUGAAAACGAGUGAAAAAGAUGGGGAAGAAAGCGAGAAGUUACCACCACAUGUACUCUACUCUACACCAUUAUUUCUCUCUCCUUUCUCCUUCUUCUCAUUGACGAACUCAACUACGCACCAUUUCUACUCACUCGUCGACUGAAAAUGGACUCCAAACCACCAAUUCUUCUUCGGCUACUUACGCACCAACACCAGCAGUUCUUCUCUGCUGUUGAAUCCGGUGAUCUUCAAUCAUUACACCAAAUUAUCAACAAAUUGGCUGAAGAUGAUGAACGAGCUUCAAUUCCUGCUUUAAUGGCGUUGCAAAAUAGUUCUGGAGAAACUGCUUUGUUUAUUGCUGCAAUGAAUAAUUUGGUUGAGGUUUUUACUUAUUUGGUUGCUUUUUGUGAUGUGGGGGUUGCGAUGAUUAGGUCUAAGUCUGAUUUCAAUGCGUUUCAUAUUGCUUCUAAGCGUGGUCAUUUAGAGAUUGUGCGACAAAUGCUGAACAUCUGGCCUGAGCUUUGUAUGUCAUGUGAUUCCUCGAAUACAUCUCCACUCUACUCGGCUGCUGUUCAGGAUCAGCUGGAAGUGGUGAAUGCCAUAUUGGACACAGAUGACAGCGCAGCAAGAAUUGUCAGGAAAAAUGGGAAAACUGCUUUGCAUAAUGUUGCUAGAUAUGGUCGUCUUGAUAUGGUCAAAAUACUUGUAGAAAGGGACCCUGGAAUUGUCUCCAUCAAAGAUAAGAAGGGUCAAACAGCACUCCAUAUGGCUGCUAAAGGCCAAGAUCCUGCAAUUAUAGAGGAGUUGCUGCUUGCUGAUUGUUCAGUACUAAAUGAACGUGACAAAAAGGGAAAUACAGCUGUGCAUAUAGCAACAAGAAAAUGCCGCUCUCAGAUAGCCUGCCUUCUCCUGAGCUACACAUCUAUUGAAGUCAAUGCCAUCAACAAUCAGCAAGAAACAGCAAUGGACAUAGCGUCAAAGCUUCAAUAUGGAGAAUCUGCAUUAGUGAUUCGGGAAGCCUUGAUAGAGUCUGGUGGAAUGUGUGCUAGGAAUGUUGGUAAGAUGGAUGCAGCUAUGGAACUGAAGAGGACUGUGAGUGACAUAAAACAUGAGGUGCAGUCACAACUUUUACAAAAUGAGAAGACCAACAAAAGGGUUUUUGGCAUUGCAAAAGAACUGAAAAAACUUCAUAGAGAAGCUGUCCAAAACACGACCAAUUCUGUUACAGUUGUAGCUGUGCUGUUUGCCUCUAUUGCUUUCUUGGCAAUAUUUAAUCUAAAUGGCCAGUAUAUAACAACUGGACCAGAUGCAGGGAAAGCCAACAUUGCUGACACUGUUGCCUUUCGAAUUUUCUGCCUUUUAAAUGCAGCAUCUCUUUUCAUUUCUCUAGCUGUCGUCGUUAUCCAAAUUACUUUAGUAGCAUGGGAUACUCAAGCUCAAAAGCUAGUUGUCACUGUAACUAACAAGCUAAUGUGGGCUGCCUGUCUUAGCACUUGUGGAGCUUUCUUGGCAAUAGCUUUUGUGGUUGUAGGCGAUGAAGGUUCAUGGAUGGCCAUCACUGUGACGAUACUGGGGACAAUUGUGUUGAUGGGGACUUUGGCUAGUAUGUGCUACUUAGUGUUUCGACAUCAUUUCAAGAUUUUUGGAAACGACUCACAGAGACGCAUCAGAAGGGGAAGUGGAAGCAAAUCAUUUUCUUGGUCCUAUUCCAUCAAUGUCUCUGACAUUGACGAGUAUAACUCCGACCAUGAGAGAAUUUAUGCUCUAUGAUGUACAAAGUUACUUGCUCUUGGUGCUUCUCGUGUGUUACUUUUGUUGUUGCAAUUGAUAGGUUACUGACAGUAAUCUGUAGAUAAUUAGAUGUGUUUAGGUGGGUUUGAUUGUUUUUAUAGUGGCGUGUUUGGUGCUGGCUCUCGUGUUUCUACGUAUUUGUUCCUGUUCACCUACAUAUGUGUGUUUCUACGUAUUUGUUCCUGUUCACCUACAUAUGCAUCUAUAUAUUAAUAUUGUAAAUUUUUCCUUAUCUUUAGAUAAACAAAAAAGUACAUGUCAGUGUAUAUUGUAUAUUUUUAA